GGGGCGGGGGGCGGGGCUAGUGGCGGCCGCGAUGGCGUCGCUGUUCGGCGGCGUGGAGGGCGGGGGCACCCACUCCAGGGUGGUGCUGGUGUCCGGGGAUGGCCAAAUCCUGGCCGAGACCGAGGGACCCUGCACCAACCACUGGCUCAUCGGCUCCGAGAAGUGCCUGGAGAGGAUCGAGCGCAUGGUCAGCGAGGCCAAGAGCAAAGCGGGCGCCGACCCCCAGGUGCCCCUGCGGUCCCUGGGGCUGUCGCUGAGCGGAGGGGACCAGCAGGACGCCAUCGGGAAGCUGACGGAGGAGCUGCAGCGCCGCUUUCCCCACCUGAGCCAGAGCUACUUCAUCACCACCGACGCCGUGGGGGCCAUGGCCACGGCCACCGACCACGGUGGCAUCGUGCUGAUCUCGGGCACGGGCUCCAACUGCAAACUCAUCAACCCCGACGGCUCCGAGACGGGCUGCGGCGGCUGGGGCCACAUGAUGGGGGACGAAGGUUCUGCCUACUGGAUCGCUCACCAGGCUGUGAAGAUGGUCUUUGACUGCAUGGACAACCUGGAGGUGCCGCCCCACGACGUCGCCUACGUCAGGCAGGCCAUGUUCGACUACUUCCAGAUCUCGGACAGGAUGGGGCUCCUGACCCACCUCUACCGCACCUUUGAGAAGUCCAAAUUUGCGGGAUUUUGCCAGAAACUGGCGGAGGGUGCCCAGCUCGGUGACCCCCUGUGCUGCCACAUCUUCACCAAGGCGGGCGAGGUGCUGGCGCGCCACGUGGUCGCCGUGCUGCCCAAAAUCCACCAGAGCCUGUUCGUGGGCGAGCUGGGGCUGCCCAUCGUGUGCGUGGGCUCGGUGUGGAACAGCUGGGAGCGCCUGCAGGCGGGGUUCAUCCAGGUGCUGGAGCAGGCGCGGGACGAGGCUCCCGGGGAUUUCUCCCGGUUCAGCCUGCUGAAGCUGAAGCGCUCCUCGGCGCUGGGGGGAGCGCGGCUGGGAGCCAGGAACGUGGGCACGGCGCUGCCGCUGGACCGCGCCGCGAACGUGGACGUGUUCUACACGCACGUGUUCUGAGAGCGGGACCCGAACCGGGACAGCGGCCCGAACCGGGACAGCGGCCCGAACCGGGACAGUGCCCCG